CGAAUAUCGACAAGAUGAGCGGCGAGCCAGCAGAUUCUUCAUCAGUUCCUCCUUUCAAAGGACCCCCAGCACCCCCUCUCCCGCAUCUGAUUGCACACAGGUCAUCGCAAACAGGUGAUACUCUUCAUAUAGCUGCUGCUUUGGCGUUAUAUGACUUUGUCGACGUGAUAGUCGUCCAUGUUGGCGCUAUAGGAACCACCGAGGGGCUCUUGAACUUUUAUCGCCAAGCUACAGACCCAACAUAUCCAGGUGCAGCUAUCAGUCCUAACAGUCCCGCCACCAACAAACGCGUGAAGGUCGUGUACGCCUCAAACGAAGCAGCGGCUGAAGCCCUCUAUACGACCUUGUCAUGGAUCAAAGCAUCGGACACGACAGUUCAAGAUUAUUUCCCCAAAAUCCUGGCUGCCGGUGACCUGUCGUCCGAGACUUCAAAGGUUGGAACAACACCGGCUGUACUUAAGCAGAUCAAACCCUUUGACGAAUUCAAAGCAAACUACCUGAAGAACAAGAUUGGUGGUGUAUAUCAAUACAUGGGCAAUCUCGGCCAGGCAACCUCGGCCAUCGCGGAGAAGUUCAAGAAUCCUCAAACUUCAGAGAACCAAAAAGCUUUGUAUACCCUACUUGCCAAGAAGCUUACUGCUAGAGACUUGGCCUCGGCAGAUAUCAUUAAGGGCACCUUACAAGAACCAAAGUUUGGCCAACAAUUCCUUCCGGAUGCAGACCCCAACAAGCAACCGUUCACGCCCGUCGUCCUUCUAUGGGCUCGCUACACAGGUACUAACACCGCAAUUGCUCACAACCCGGAAGGUGAUAGCUGCGUUCAAGGUCAGCGACAAAUCAACGACGUUCUAAUUUCACUUGGCUUGAACGUUGUCACGAUCGGCCAUGGCCCAAGAGGCAGCCAGCCGUUCAAAGGUCAUUUUGACGUGGGAGAAUUCUACAAGGAAGCAGAUACUCCGAUCAAAAGUGACAGGGCGACGCAGCAAUCUUUCUUCCUUGCAUUGAUGGAGAAGUAUCCGGGCCGGGUGUAUCAAAUUGGACAAAAGACUGGAGGCAUGGACGGCGCUGCUUUGCUCGGCAUCCCGACCAUCUAUCUUGAGCACAAUGGCAGUGCGGCCAUUAAACGGAUGGCGAAAUGGACCAACGGCCAAUUGCCUUUCUACCGAAACGUCAUCACGGAGCAGCCGGCGCCCGCGGUGGUUCGAGCGCAAAAAGCAUUUAUUCCAGACACACAGCCCUUGUACAACGGAUGGAAGACUAGCACAGAGCAAUUGCAGCGAGCCAAAGCGCGCCUUGCUGCUAUGUUCUUUGCAUUUCCGAAGGAGAUGGGCAGGGACGACUUCGUCCUAGAGCCUUCGCCAGAAAACCCACCGCCCAGUGUGAAGCCAGACAAAAAGGACGCAUGGAGGCUUAAUCAGGUCAAGGUGGCGAACAACCUGAGGUUCGCCAAGAUCGUUGACUUUAUCAAGACUCUCGAAGAUACAGAUGUGCAGGAAGACAGGAUCAAUCCAGCCUUGGACGGCGAGUGGACGAAAAAAGUCCACUCCGUCAACCAAGAUCCAAAUCUUCCCCACGGGGCCGCAGGAUACUCGGAUGGGGAUCUUGUCAAAAUCAAGAAGGCAAUGGAGGAACUUGUCCACGAUUAUAGCACUGAAAAGCAAGCGGUUGUUCGGACGGCGUUGGGAGCGUAUCAAACGAGGCUAGAGGCCAAGCUCUGAUGGCACAACCGAGAGACUUAUUCAUACAUGCCGGGAUCAAUGUAGAUACGCAAAAGGCUAUAACAAUUGGCUAUAUGAAACAAAAGAAUGGAAAGUAAAUCUCUCGAUCCCGUUGUCGCACUUCUCCUUUGAAAAUAUCGUAUUUCAAACCCUAUCAUGAUGACUUUUAAA